UGUACUUGUAAGUACGCAGUCGAAUAAUGUAAACAGCACGGAGUUGGAGUGACAAAGGUCCAACCAUCUUCAUUUAUAAACGGUUUUGCGGGUUUCAUGGAUGCCACUUAUUGUGUAUUUGACAUGUGUUUGUAGUGCCAGUGACUGUAAAUUUUAAGGAAAUAAAAUAAUCAUUUAAAAUGCAAUUAUCGAUCAUUCUACUCGUCUGUACCGGGGCCCAUCUCGCUUAUUCCUACGACGAGAAAUACGACAGGAUAGAGAUAGAGAACAUAGUGGCCAAUGAAGACAUUCAUAAAGCAGUAAACGACUGUAUUCUGGGAAGGAUGGAUUGCGGCCCAUAUUGGGACGAAGUCAGAGAGCUAGCAGCGGAAAUCGCUGUGGACCGCUGCGCGCACUGCACCGAACGUCAGAAGGUGGUGGUCAGCACAUACAUCAGCGCCACCAAGAGCAAGUACCCCGACACCUGGCGGCAGAUACACCAAAUGUUCAAGAAGAUCCCACAGAAAUUAUAAUUUACUUAUUUUG